UGGCAGCAUUUACAUAUUCUGCUUGUGAAAGUCAAUACCCUUUCUCACUGUUUGUUGAGGGCGGUAAGCGGGGAAGAUUGGAGAGAGAGAGAGAGAGAGAGAGAGAGAGGUCAAUUAGAUAGACAGAAAGGAGUGGAGUUUUAUAAUUUAUCACAACCGGGGAAGCCCUUCUUCUUGUACGUUCUUUAGCAGUUGUCUUGUGAAUUUUUGGGAUCUGGGUUGCAGGAUUUGAGCAUCAAAGUCUCGAUCUUUCUUUGGUUUUCUUGGAAUUGUAUUUCUGUUGUGGAGUUUUACCCGAGAAUGGUCUACUUAGAGUCCUAAUUUUGUGGUUUGGAGUUGAAUUCAAAAUUUUCUCGCAUUUCUUUGGUGUUGGAAAUUGAGAUCCUGGAAUUUCUGGGGUCAUCCAAAUUGCUUUGAUGCAUCUGUCCAUAUGGAAACCCAUUUCCCAAUGCGCAGCUCUGAUUCUAGACAGGAAGAGCAGCGGUAGAAGAAAAGAUGGGUCUGAUUCAUCUCUUAAGAACAAGAAAAACUCAUCGGUUCUCAAGAAAUUGCAAGAGAACAAGCUCAGGGAGGCUCUCGAAGAAGCUUCCGAAGAUGGGUCUCUCUUCAAAUCCAAAGAUAUGGAGGAAUCCGAGUCGCUGGCCAACCAGGACGAGAGUUUGGGGCGUUCCCGCUCGCUCGCGAGGCUCCACGCGCAGCGUGAGUUCCUCCGAGCCACUGCCCUCGCUGCCGAGCGCACUUUCGAGUCCGAGGAUGCUAUUCCAGACCUCAACGAGUCUUUCUCAAAGUUCCUAAUCAUGUACCCGAAGUACCAGUCUUUGGAGAAGAUCGAUCAACUGAGGGCUGAAGAGUACUCGCACUUGUCCCCAAAGGUAUGCCUUGAUUACUGUGGGUUUGGUUUGUUCUCGUUUGUUCAGACUCUUCACUACUGGGAGUCCUCCACGUUUAGCUUAUCAGAAAUUACUGCAAAUUUAAGCAAUCAUGCUUUAUAUGGGGGUGCUGAGAGAGGGACUGUUGAGCAUGACAUAAAGACUAGAAUUACUGAUUAUUUGAACAUCCCUGAGCAUGAGUACGGUCUAGUUUUUACAGUGAGUAGAGGAUCUGCGUUUAAAUUGCUGGCUGAGUCGUACCCUUUUCAUACCAACAAAAAGUUGUUGACAAUGUUUGAUUAUGAGAGCCAGUCUGUGAAUUGGAUGGCUCAGAGUGCUAGGGAGAAGGGUGCCAAAGUGUAUAGUGCAUGGUUCAAAUGGCCAACCUUGAAAUUGUGCUCCACUGAUUUGAGAAAGCAAAUUUCUAGUAAGAGGAGGAGGAAGAAGGAUUCUGCAGCUGGUCUUUUUGUGUUUCCUGUUCAGUCUAGAGUUACUGGGGCCAAGUACUCGUACCAGUGGAUGGCACUAGCACAGCAGAACAAUUGGCAUGUCUUGCUUGAUGCUGGGUCAUUGGGUCCCAAGGACAUGGAUUCCCUUGGGUUGUCCCUAUUCCGACCAGAUUUCAUUAUCACAUCAUUUUACAGGGUAUUUGGUUAUGACCCAACUGGUUUUGGAUGCCUUCUGAUCAAGAAAUCAGUGAUGGGAAGCCUUCAAAGUCAAUCUGGGUGUACUGGGGUUGGAAUGGUGAAGAUUACCCCUGAGUAUCCUUUGUAUCUGAGUGAUUCCAUGGAUUGUCUUGACAGAUUGGCUGGAAUUGAAGAUGAUGAAGUUGCUGAAAAUGGUGAUAAAACCUCUGAAACACGCCAGGGAACACAGCUACCUGCCUUUUCUGGUGCAUUUACAUCUGCUCAGGUUAGGGAUGUAUUUGAGAUGGAUCAUGACAACAGCUCUGAGAGAGAUGGGACAAGCACCAUAUUUGAAGAAACUGAAAGCAUUUCGGUUGGGGAGGUGAUGAAGAGCCCAGUCUUCAGCGAAGAUGAGUCAUCAGACAACUCACUGUGGAUCGAUUUGGGUCAAAGUCCAUUGGGGUCUGACACAGCAAGCCAAUUGAAUAAACAGAAAGUGGCCUCUCCCUUACCACCCUUUUGGUUUAAUGGCAGGAAGAACCUCAAACUGCUAUCUCCAUUACCCUCUUCCAAGAUACAUGGCAGCCCUAUAUACGAUGACAAGGUUGUAAACCACGUGCCUUAUGAAGACCUCAAUGUGCUAUCAUUUGAUGCUGCUGUCCUGUCAGUUUCCCAAGAACUGGACCGUGUGAAGGAGGUCCCUGAAGAAGAACAAGUUGCAGAGACAAACCAUACUUCACAAAAUGGUAGAAAGCGUUUAAAUCAUGUUCAGGAGAUCCAAGAAGAACCUGAGACCAGCAAACCCAUUCCUGCUGGGUCUUUGUCCAAUUCUGCACUGAAUGGAGCCUGUGUGAACAUAUCAACUUCUGCCUGUCAGCAUCGCAGCCAAGAGAAUGGCUCAACCUCUGAAAUUUUUCAGGAGGUAAAAGAGAGUGCCAUAAGAAGAGAAACUGAAGGUGAAUUUAGGUUGUUGGGGAGAAGGGAAGGGAAUAAAUUUACUGGUGGUAGAUUUUUUGGUUUGGAAGAGAAUGAAUCGUCAAGCAGGGAAAGGAGGGUAUCUUUCAGCUUGGAGGACAAUCAUAAAGAUAACCUGAGCCAUACAUUGGAGACAGGAGAAAUCUCUGUGACCAGCCUGGAUGAUGAAGAGCAGAGCAGCGAUGGUGAAUAUGCUGAUGGGCAAGACUGGGACAGGAGGGAACCUGAGAUAGAAUGCAGGCAUCUUGAUCAUGUUAACAUGUUAGGUCUCAAUAAAACCACCCUCAGGCUGCGGUUCUUGAUCAAUUGGCUUGUAACCUCAUUACUACAACUUAGAUUACCUGGUUCAGAUGAGGAUGGCAGCACAAAUCUUGUUCAAAUAUAUGGCCCGAAAAUAAAAUAUGACAGAGGUGCAGCUGUGGCUUUUAACGUGAGGGGCAAAAACAGGGGGCUAAUCAAUCCAGAAGUUGUUCAGAAGCUGGCUGAAAGAGAAGGUAUCUCUCUUGGCAUUGGCUUUCUUAGUCACAUAAAGAUUUUAGAUAGCCCGAGACAUCAACGGGGUAGUUUGAAUUUUGAAGAUACAACGCUGUGCAGGCCAAUGGAAAAUGGUCGACAUGAUGGAGGAAAGGGCAGAUUCAUACGGGUUGAAGUUGUUACAGCUUCUCUAGGUUUUCUAACUAACUUUGAGGACGUUUACAAGUUGUGGGCUUUUGUGGCUAAGUUUCUUAACCCAACAUUUAUCAGAGAGGGUAGCCUUCCAACGGUUGAAGAAGGUUCUGAGGCAUAGGACCAUAUGCGUAUCAAUGGCUUUUUUUCUAUUUUGAAUAUAGUGGAAUGCUUUUAGCUGGGAAAUUUCUUCAGAUGAUCUCCCCCAAAGUGAAAGAUUCAGAAGCCUAAAAAAGGAUUGGAAGGCCUCAGCAGGGAUCGGAAGGUAAUCAUUUAUGCACGGUCAAAUACCAGUGCUGGAGCUCUUCCUCAGGACUCCUCAGCACGUGGGUGAAUUUGUUAAUUCAUGUUUGUUGUUUGUCGGAAUUCCGUUUUUCAGCUGCUGGGUUCUGUAGAGUUGGCUUUAGAAACUCAUGUCUUCCCAGGAAGUCACAGUAAACAUGAAGUGGGCACAAUUUCACCAUCGAUUACAAUCUGCUUUUGCAUUACACUACAAUAUAUUUCUCUAUGUUUUUAGGGCUGCUCUAUUAAAUUUCUUGGUUCUGUAUAGAAUUAGCUUAUUUUUCCGAUUGUAGUUUGCAAUACCA